ACUUUUGAUAAACGAAAAGUCCAAUAUUAGCAUCGUUCUUAUAAAUGCACUUUGGACAAUUCAAAUGGAUAUUUUGCAUAUCAUGCUGGUGGCGUGACUUAAAAUGAAGCAGAAUUGAUCGAUCUGAUCAAAUACUGAAUUAUCGCCCAAAUGUUUCCAAACCGAACUCUCAGUCACUCUUUUACACUAAUAUUCUUCGCUUGAAUUAUUUGAAUUCUGCUCGGAUUGGCGACGUCAACUCAAUAUAUUGACAGGAUAUCAUAACGAACUGAAUUUCUUUCAUUCUCCUGAACGAAAACAACCAAACCGUCUUGACAUUCAAUCAAUGAAACAUAACAUUGUGAUUUCUACUGGUACACUUGAAAUAUGUACAACUGCAUGAGUGCGACGAACAACACCGAGUGAAUACAUUCAAUUUGGUAAAUCAAUACAUAAUUAUCUUGAGAUACAAUUCACCAUAUUCGCGUUUAGACGCACCUGUACAGACAAUACGCCAAUCUGGUGAAUUGUUGCAAUUUAUUGGAAGGGAAAGGAGAAGAAGAAAAGCACAAGCAACAGAUCAACAACAAGAUUUUAAGAGGCAGAAUUAGUAGAAUAACUAAAUAGAACGUAGAAGACCAUAAAGUUCUUCAAACAUGGUAUGGGACGCAGAAAACAAGGAAGGGGAUACUAUUGGACUCGAACCAAGUCCUGGAACCGAUUCAUCACUAUCUAGUCCGAGUCUAUGGAUAACCCUUUUCGUCUCGUGUGCUAUUGUCAUCACCAGCAACCGCAAACUUCGGUUCUAUCUGAAAUACCAUGCCUUCACUGGGAUAUACUUCUUUUUCGGCAUCAUAUGUGUGCCCUUUAUGCUCUUUAACCCUUGUGACCCAAAGGCAGUGACAGUCCCGAUAUUUUUGGCUCGUUGGGUUCAAAGUCCUCUGUUCGGUAUUAGUGCCAAGAUUAUCGGAAUGGAACGAUAUCCAGACGGCCCCUUCGUCUUCGUUUGUAAUCAUCAAAGCUCACUUGAUUGUUUAGGAGUGGUGGAACUUUGGCCACCGCGUAGUGUGAUCAUCAUGAAGAAGGUACUCAAGUACGCUGGUCCAUUUGGAAUUUGUGCCAUCCUAGCCGGGACUAUUUUCGUCGACAGGAACAAGAAUCGCAGCAAUAGAGACAACUUAAAAGAUGCCAUCGAAGUCAUUAAAAGAAAAGGAUACCGAGUUUUCUUUUUCCCCGAGGGAACGAGAAGAUUAACUCAGAAGAAUACAGAGAGUUCAGACCCCAUGCUCCCCUUCAAAAAGGGGGCUUUCAAUCUUGCCAUUUUAACUCAGGUUCCCAUUGUCCCUAUUGUAUUCCAGUCACAGAAGCAUCUAAUUGAUUUCAAGAAGUACAUUUUCGUUCCAGGUGAAUAUAAAGGAGUUGUCCUACCACCCAUCUCAACCGAAGGACUGACUUUAGAUGACGCCCAGGAUCUCUGUGACAGAGUUCGCGCCAAGAUGAUCGACUGUUUCAACGAACUUGAGAAUGGAUCAUACACCAAAUGAAUGACAGCUUAUUCAUGUUAUUUCAUGAACUAGUCGAUAGACGUAGGCCCAUAUACAGCACAUUACUUAAACUAUAAACGUUCGGAGUACACUUUAAAAAAAUAUUGGGCAAAAUUUUAACCAUGACGAUCGAGGGUAAUUAUGUGUCCAACCAAUUUUGGGCAGUAUUUUGCCCGAUGCGGGAAGCAUAUAUAUUAUCCAGUAAGGUUAAAAAAUAAGCAGCAAAUGCUUUCUUUAGUGGGCAAAAUUUUAAUCACACUGGAUGAAUAAAAAUGCCCAUUGUUGGUUGGACACAUAAUUACCCUAAUGGAGCAUUAUUACCCAAUAUUUUUUUAGUGUAUACUGAACUGAUAUGGGAUUUACAAAAAAGGAAUGUUUUAAUAAUCAAUCGACAGUGCCCAUGAAUUUCUGUGCCUACUUUUAAGAGCUUGCCCUUUAUUUUGUCUAUUUCAACAAAUUUGUGGAAAGUUUAAGCACUUUCAACCGACUAAUUGUUUUCAGCAUGUAAUAGGUCCAUGUUUUCAGCCGGUCGGAUACAAGGAUUAUGAGAUAUCAUAGAAAUGGACUUAUAGGUCAAGUCCACCUCAGAAAAAUGUUGAUUUGAAUCAAUAGAGAAAAAUCAGAC